AUGCCCAACCUCUUUGCGAUGUUCACCGGCCUAGCGAAGGACACCUGGUGGGCGCAGCUGCCCGCCUCGCGCAAGCUCGACUCGCUGCCGUUCAUUUUCAAGCGCUUCAGCAACGCCGGCUACCUGACCACAUACAUUGAAGACUACCCACACUGCGGCCUCUUUACCUUCCACGGCGUGAAGGGCUUCAGCGGCCGGCCACCGACGGAGUACUACCUGCGACCGGUCAACCUGUGGCUGAGGCGGAAGUCGCUGUACGAUCACACCUGGUGCACCGGAGGGCAGCUGGAGAUGGAGUACUACUACGACUACAUCCUCGAGCAGAUGGCGGCCUUCCGCGACCGCCACCAGCCCCACCUCACCUGGAUCCACCAGUCGACCGUCAGUCACGAGGAGGUGAACAACUGCCAGUGGGCGGACGGGCCGGUGGUGCGCCUCCUGGAGCGCCUCUUUGCCGGCGGCCACCACCGAAACACCGUCAUCGCCUUCUACUCCGACCACGCCAUUCGCAUCGGGAAGAUCCUCGAAACGGAGAGCGGCUUCCACGAGACCCGGCUGCCCUUUCUCUACCUCUACGCGCCGGAGGAGUUGCGCCUCAAGUCAGACUCUGAUGGAGAGCUUCUAAAAUCGAAACAGCUGCGGGCGAUCCUUGCCGAGAACAGCCGCCGCCUGACCAGUCACAUGGACGUCCAUGCGACGCUUCGCCACCUCCUCACGGGCCAGCCACCGACGGACGAGCCGCUGGGCCGGUCCCUCUUUACGCCCAUUCCCGAGGAGCGGACCUGUCCGCAGGCGGGCGUUCCCGAGGAGUACUGCCUCUGCAAGCGCUUUGUCGCCCUCGGCGCCGACCACCGCACGGCGAGGGCCAUAGCGGGCAAGCUUGUGGCGGGCCUUAAUGAGCAGCUCCGCCAGAGCCCCGAGUACGUCGUCAAGUGCGCCGCACUGUCCCUUGAUCGGGUGGUCACCGCGAAGAUCGCCUUCAGCGGCGUGGACCAGGGCGAGAAGAAGGCGCUGGUGAAUCUGCGCCAGGCGUUGGUCAGCCUGGUGUUUACCGUACUGCCCAGCGGGGCAAAGUUUGACGCCACCGUGAGGACCACUUUUAUCAAUGGAAAAGUAGGAGGAGGAGAGGACGCUUCAAAAGAUGUCCUUCGUGUGGACCUCAAUGCCACCGCGGCCGUGGGCAAGAUUGCCCGCAAUGAUCG